AUGGCAAGGGGAACGCACUGGUUUGCCUUACCUUUGGAAGCUGGGAGGGUGAUGGAGAAGCAAAAUGACUCUCGUCGCGAAGGCGGGCUCGGCCGUGGUUUUGUUGAUCAGCUCGCCGGCACCAGAGGCACCACCAAAAGUGGAACCGACAAGCGUCACGCCCCGAAAAAGCUUGGGGCCUGUUUGGACGAGGAUCCAGCUGGGCAUUGGGCUAGGCCAAGGCGAGCCAGCAAGCAGCAGCAAGCAAUCAAGCCGUACUGUACCAUCGCUGUAGGCAAGGGUCUGUCCUGGUGGUGGAGGGGAGGGGGUGGUGGAGGACUGGAGUGGACGCGAGGUCAAUUGAAGUGUCACGGCCUCGCUACGUAUCGUGCUGAACGUACACGAAGAACGAACAAGACGCAAACGGACAAGAGCAAGACAAGCGAAAUUCAGCUAUCGGGUCUGUCGUCCGUCUGGGCGUGUGUCUGUGUGUUGGCGCGAGGGAAUUGUUGCUACGACCCAGGCGACCACCGACCGGAUGGCAAAACAGACGGGACCCCCCAGGAAGCGAAACACGCACCCCAGGAUAGGCAAGGCACCGCAGGCAAACGCCGCACCCAGCAGGAGAAGGCCUUGUAUCCAAUGGGCGUAAUCGCUCACUCAAUGCCACCGGGAGAGUCCAUCCCAUGCCUCCCCUCCCACAAUCAUCGGAGGUCCCACCAAGUCCCACGGUCCACGGGGGGCUCUUUCAUCAUCCCUCCCAUGUGUGCGGACUGCAGCCGGUACACUGUACUGCGCGGCAGCUUGUGUGUCCUGCGGAUGUACAGCUGGCCGGUCUGGACUGGGUCUGUCUGUGACAUGCUACGGUGCCAGCCCGGCCGUUGCGCGAAUUUUGGGCCCAUUGGCCGCAACCAAAGCACGCGAGUAAUAAGAAGAAGUGUCGCGAAUGGACGGCCGCGACUCUCGUCACGUCCAUUACACGGUGCCUACGCAAGCAUACGUCGUACAGCGUGCGACGUCCGAGACCGACAAUACACACGCCCUCUCGCAUCCAGCACACACCCACGCCUAGGCGAAACCAAUGCCGGGAAGAAGCGCGCCUCAUCUGUUUCCGGCCUGCGCAUCCCCGGGCCCGCCGAGGCACGAGAGCGAGCGCGAGACGAGCGCAUCCGUCGUCAUGAACAACAAAGGCCUCACUGCCAAAGCUCAAGCCACGCAGCGGCCCUUGCGAUUCGGACCUGCUGCAACUUGCCUGCAUCCAUGUGGCUCCAAGACUCGCGGGACCUGGGGGAAACGUCGACUCGAAGCUGA